GUUGUGGCUAGUAUUUUACACAGUGGUAUAAAGGACUACGUCUAUUCGUUCAUUACAAAACAGACAGCACAGUAUAAUGUCAUUUUAAAAAUCUACACCACGCCCCUCAAAGGAUCCGACGGUCCGACAGUUGGUGAGAUUCAAGGUUACGUAAUAUGCCAAUGUCCUCAAAGUGUCUCUCAAUAGUGACGUCAUGGAACGCUCUAAAUGCGACCAGACACGUGGAAGAAGUAACAGAACACCACUGUACGCUCGGUCGGACUAUCCUCAACUGAUGAGUCAUUGGCAGGCAUGCGUGGCCCUGCUGUAUCAUUGUGACCACAUAAAAGCGGAAAUAUCUUCCGGCUAAAUAAGGAAACCACUCGGACCAUAUCUUAACGUACGAGGGGGCGUUUCCCCGCAUGUAGCCAGUGGUUUAUGGCUAUGGUUCUCAGUCAUUGCCAUACCGGCCUACCAUUGGUGGGUUGUACCCUGUUGGCUCCUCCCCCUCUAGUGGCCGUUCCGGCCUGGCCCACGUGGGCAGUGUGUGUCCGUACAUUUAGUGGUAUCCAUGAGAGCACGCGUAUCACGGACGACGAAAUACUGCUUGUUAAGAAUAAACGAGAACAAGGUUUUGAUUAGCAGGAGCUGCAAACUUUGAAAGGAACAAAGCUAUGUUGUGUCGAUGGUUGAUUUUUCUGACGUGUCUGUCCGCGUCUUUGUCCGCGGCGGCGACGGAGUGCUGUGGUAAGGGAGCGCAGAACAAAAGGGCUCGGGCGCCCCGGGCGACGUCCCCCGAGCAAACCCUUCGAGAUGCCCGCUUGCUGGCCAUCCAGAAAGUCAUCCUAAAACAGCUGGGCUACCGCCGGCCUCCUAACGUCACUCGCUCCCAGGUGAGCGAAGCGGAGAAGAAAAAGAUGUUGAGACUUUACGAGAUGAGUUUGGAAGAAACGUCCGAGUCGAGAGAAAGUGUAGAACACGAGGAGCUGUCUACAGCCAAGACGUUCCACAGUUUCCCUGCUACAGAUGAGCUUCCACAAGAGGUGUCCGCCGAGGACUGGGACAACGGCCUGCACAAAGUUCGCCUCUACUUCCAGCCGGACUUUCCGCAGAUCCACCACAGACACAGGCAUCUGCGGGUGGCCAACGCGAAGUUGAAACUCUACAAAUCAGAAAUAUUUCCAGAAAACUUGGUCAAAAGCACAGACGGACUGGUGACUCUCAGUUUUUAUCAGCUUUUAGAACCCCCAAGGACAGGAAAAACGACGCUGAAGCGAUUGAUCGAGUCGCGCACGACGUCAGUGUUACAAACGGGGUGGGAGAAAAUAGACGUAACAGCCACCGUACAGAGUUGGAUGACGUCACCCGAAAAGAACUAUGGGAUAGAAGUGGUCUGCGACCACGAGCCACUGAAUGACGUCAUUACAUUUUACGGGACGAACAGAGACAGAGACUCCGAGGUCAGGAGACCUGAUGAGACAGACGAUCUAGACGUCUUGGUACCAAGACUGAUUGUUUUGACCCAGGAAGUUAGAUCUCCACUGAGGGAAAGACGGAGCUCCGAGACAGAGGAUUGUCUAGUGGGUGACGGGGAGACGCGAUGCUGCCGCUACCCUCUGUACGUGAAUUUUACAGAGAUCGGCUGGGGAGACUGGAUAGUGGCUCCGGAGGGAUUCAACGCCUUCUACUGCGACGGCUCCUGUCCUUAUAGAUACAAGUCUGCCAACACACACUCCCUGAUCAAAUCCACACUGCACCACCUGAACCCCGCCUCACCACAGCCCUGCUGCGUAGCCAAGAGACUCAGUCCGCUCUCCGUGCUCAACUAUGACGACUCCGACACGCCACAACUGGUGGUCACUCCGCUUAACGACAUUGUAGUGGAUCAGUGCGCGUGUACGUAACAGUGUCGCUGAUUGGUGCUGUGGUGCCUGUUCAUCUGAAUGUAUGUAUAUAUGUGUAAGCAUUUGUGUAUGUCCUUGUGAAUCGAUAGACAAUUGAUAAGAAGGGAUAGCCAGUUUAGGUUGAUUGAAAUGUGAGAAGAAUGGAAUGUAGUAUAUUUUAGAGUGUGAUUUGUGAUUGUGCUGGGGGAGGGUAAGGUGUGCAUGUGUUCAGGGUACUAUAAAGUUGCAGGGCGGUAUUUAUUUCAGAUAUAAAACAUGAUAUUUAUUUAUUUUCCGUAAAAGUUACCGACAAUCAGAAUUAUUCUGAGCAAAUGAGAGGUUUCUUGAUAUGCUGCUAUGUAUGAAAGCAUAUUUCUUAAGUUUCGACUUAAGAACAUAUGCCUGUUAUAGAUAGUGUUUUUGUUAUCUUUAGGCGAGUUUUGUACAACUGUACGUACUCAUAAUUCCAUUAGUAAUAUCUCAUACUAAUGUUUUUAUACGAAGCUCUGGUUCAAAGAACCGAAGUCACGUGUUAGGAACUACUAGUAUAUGUAGAACGAAAUCGAACGCUAUGCAUGUAUUUAGAAGAUACGAUAUAUUUCGAAUGUUGUUCCUAUAUGGAUAUGCCAAAUGUGUGAUAUUGGCCAGUAUUGUCGCUAUAUCAGGUUUAGACGUCUGUAGUGAACAAACACACGUUGCAGAGCAAUAUAUUCCUAUAACACUAGUACUGCCAAUUCUCAUAUCUAUAAAUCCAUCAUCAUAUCAAAAUGAUAUGUACAGUUGCAGAUUAUAGACGUUAUGUCACAAUUGUGCUUUAUAGAAAUUUUUGAGUCCAGUCGGACUGGUUAAUUGCAUGACGGCUGGGAGGAGUAAUCUAUGUCGUACUUUAAUCAUACUUGGAAAAUUGCUGUUUGGUAUGGUGCACGGUGGGGGAAAUCACCCCCAUUGACAUUUUGGUACUAACAAAAAUGGACACUUGAUCGGUGGAAAAUAUCUAGUUGCAUUUAAUAUAGAGGUUAGUUAACGUUGCAGCUAGCAAUUUUGUUGCUUUUACGGUUUUGAAAACAAGGUACAUUUUCUCUACUGUGGCCUAUACGGGAGUUUCCCAAAUGUGUUAUCCGUUACUAGGAAGUCGCCAUAUUGGCUUUAGUCGU